ACGACCCUUUGCCCUGAACCACCUGGAAGGGGGUUCUACGGAACCAGGACACCCUGAGCCUGGGCGUUGGCUGCAAGAGCCCUGUGAAAGCCCCGAGGAGGCGUGUCAAGACUUCCCUGCCCACGUCCCUGCCGUUUAGAGGGCUCAGGACCAAACAGCUGCCCAACAAACUGAUUGGAGGGAAGUGGGACCGUGUAGGGGCGGAGCUCAGAUACAAGAGCAGAAUCCGGCUUCACUUCAGAAGGAUUCCACCGCCCUUUUGCGGCUGGCAUCGGGUCUAGACCCGCGCGGCCAGCGGGAACGCAGGGCGUAGGGGCACAGAGGUCAGGAAGUGCAGGGACGUGGCACCUCCCCAGGGUCUCGCAUUCGCAGACUUAUCCCCUCGGAGGAAGGUAGUCGUUGGAGAAGUCGAAGUGUCUUCCUGGAACUGGGCACGGGACAGAUUGGACGCCCUCGAGAGGAACGAGGUUAGAGUUUCCUCUGGAAAUAUGCCCAGGAAUGGGAUUACUGGAUCAUAUGUUUCUUCCAGGUAUGGAUCAGUUGGGGCAGAUCAUCUCCUUAGGCCAGCUUAUCUACAAACAGACUGAAGAGAUGAAAUACUGCCAGAAACAGUGCCAGCGUCUAGGGAACCGUGUCCACGGCCUCCUGCAGCCUCUGCAGAUGCUCCAGGCCCAAGGAGAGAGGAACCUGUCCCCCCAGAUAACCAUUGCCCUGAGCCAUUUUCAGGCUGCCCUAGAGGAAGCUAAGGAACGAAUAGAUAAAUUCAGCAAUAAAUCCAAUAUCCACAAGUUUCUAACUGCAGGGCAGGACAGAAUACUCUUUAGUGGAGUGAACAAGAGUCUGAGAGAUGCCUGGGAGGAGCUCUCACUGCUGCUUCAGGUGCAUCAAUGGAGGCAUACUUCAAGCAUCAGCCCAGGAGCAGCCUGGCAACAGGAGGAUCAGCAGGAUGCAGAGGAAGACAGGCAAGUUAUUGAAAGACUGAGAAGUGGAAAUGAAAUUAUAGAAACUUUGAGGCAAUUGGAAAACACCAUGAAGGAAACCACUGAAACCGUGAGGAGCUGGAUGAGGUCAGACUCACAGAAACCCAAGAAUAUCCUGGAAGAUCAAAUCAAGGAGAUCAAGAAGGAGGAGCUUCCAGAAGCUGACUGGAUCCUGCGAAGGGAAAAUGAAUUGAGCACACUUUAUGAAGGGGAAUACCACAAAUCCCCAGUGGCCAUAAAAGUCUUCAAACCCCGAGACAUUGGAAUAGUGAGGCAUACUUUCAAUAAUGAAAUCAGAACCAUGAAGAAAUUUGAUUCCCCCAACAUCCUGCGUAUGUUUGGGAUCUGUAUCGAUGAAACAGUGACCCCAUCUCAGUUAUCCAUCGUCAUGGAGUACUGUGAGCGUGGGACCUUGAGGGAACUGCUGGAUAAGGAAAAGGACCUCACCCUCGCCAUGCGCAUCAUCCUGGUCCUGGGGGCAGCCAGAGGCUUGUACAGGCUGCACCAUUCAGAAACGCCUGCAGAACUCCACAGAAACAUCAGCAGCACGAGCUUCCUGGUGACUAAAGAUUACAAAGUUAAGCUUGCAGGAUUUGAGUUGAGCAAAACACAGACUUCCAUCAGCCGACAAACUAAAGGAAAGGAAGCAGAGAGAGUCAGUUCUGCUGUAUACGUCUCACCUCAGAGACUAAAAAAUGUGUAUGAUAAAUACGACAUAAAGGCUGAAAUAUACAGCUUUGGAAUCGUCCUCUGGGAAAUCGCCACUGGGAAGAUCCCAUUUGAAGGCUGUGAUUCCAAGAAGAUCUACCAGCUAGUGGCUGUGAAGCGGUACCAGGAGCCACUGGGUGAAGAUUGUCCAUUUCAGUUGCUGGAGAUCAUUGAUGAUUGCCGGGCAUAUGACCCCUCCAGGAGACCCUUUGUUAAAGAAAUCUUAGAGAGACUGUCUACCUUUUGUUAAACUGUGUGCUGAAACUGAAACUGAGUCCCUGAACAAGGAUCUGGAAGAGGCACAAGCCGGGCAUCUUUCUCUCUCAUAUCCUUCAGCAUGGAGUUAUUCAUGGGUGCAGGGAGGCAACACUUCUCUGUUACAGAUAGAAAACAAAUCCAGUAAUAUGGACCACACCCCACCCUGAGUGAUAUUGUCAAACACACACCUCUGAUAGUAACUUUGAUGUUUUGCAAAAAUGUAUCUCUCUGGAUCUACACCUCUUGGCAAUGUGACUUAGCAGCUCCUCCCAUUAAGAAGUGCAGUCUAGGUCCCCACUACGUGAAUCUGGGCUAGUAUUGUAACUGGCUUUGGCCAAUAGAACGUAGAAAUGAUGAUGUGCCGGUUCCAAGCUUCGGCUUCAGGAGCCCUUACAAACUUCCACUCUUAUCUCUUGGAACCCUACCCAGCCAUGAACAAGCUGGGCAAGGGUGCAGGAAGAUGAGAGACCACAUGCAGCAGAGACAACCUGUCCCAUCUGAGGUCAUACUAGACCAGCCAACCUGGCAGCUGUCACAUGAGUGAGUCCAGUCAAGACACAGAAGAACCACAUAAUUAAAACACAGAAGAAUUAGCCAGAAACUACCCAUUCACAAAAUCAUAAGCUAAGUAAAUUAUUGUUGUUUUCAGCCACUAAGUUCAGGGGUGAUUGAUCACACAAUGUUAGUAGCUGAGGAAACACUCUUCAAUCCUUCCUCUUGCUCAUUGAACUAAGUACAGACCCCUCAUUUAGAUACCCAAGGCCUUGUACCUCUGACCCCAACCUGACCUGCAGUAUCGGGUCCCUGACUUCUCCUGCCAGAGAUUGCAAACUCUAAUGCCUGUUGGGUCCAGGAGGGAACCUAAAUGAGUGAGUUGAGCCUGGCAGAGACUUUGGGGAACAGAUGAGCUUUGCGAAGAAGGGCAGCUUUCACUCAGCUCCAAGCCUAUUUUUAUCAUGUAGAAAUGGGACCCCAAAGUUUCCAGAGCUUUCCAUGUUGUCAAAAGAAGCUGGACAUUUAUAUUUUUCUGUAAAUUGCCUGUCUUUUUCGAGAUUAACAUCUCAUUAAAAAUUAUUUUAAUGCCAUAUAGGACAAAUAAUAUGUUAGCCUAGGCACUCCCAGGUUUUAAGAAACCUGUGUCUCCUGAAUGUGGCCCAUUUGUUCCAAAUUUUUACACAUUUGCUCUUGGUGUAUGCUUUACCUAGGAUACACAAACACUUCUAUGUGUUACUGCUUCCCACCCCCCAGACUCAUCCCAAAUCAUUCAGCAGUAAAUGUGCUGGGCUUUGUUCCAAUCACCAAGGAGGCAACAAUAAACAAAAUACAUUUGGAGCUUAUAGCCUAGUAAUCAUCACUGGGGAAUAAAAUUAUGGCUGAUUUCUAUCCUUUUUAUCUUUUAUUUAUUCUUGAUUUCUUUUCUUUUUUUAUACCUAGAACAUUUUUAAGUACAAAAAAAGAGUGUAAAAGUAUAAACAUGGACAAAUUGAACAUUUAAAAUGAUUCCUUUCUAGAGUUUAUCAUCAGGAACUACUAUUUUCAUCUUUAAAAUCUUUUGUUCUCUUUGCUGUAGGAGCUACAACAAAAUGCUCCCUUGUAGUUUCCUUACACACAUUCUGACAGACCCACAGGCAGAGGUGGAUUCACUGUGAAACUAACAAAGCUUAAUCGUCAGGGCCCCUCACUUGCACAAGAUAUCUUUCAAAGCCCUAUACCUAAUUUUCCCCCAACACUUAUCAAUAUAAAAAUUUCCAAAUACACAGAAAAGUCAGUAGAAUUAUAUUUUGAACACCUGUACACCCACCACCUAAAUUCUACAAUUAACAAUUCACUGUCUCUGUUUUAUCACAUAGUUAUCCAUCCAUCCAUUCCUCUUCCUAUCCAUUGAUCCAUCCUUAUUUUUUAUGCAUUUAAAAGAAAAUUUCAAACAUCAGUACACUUCAUUCCUAAGCACUUCAACAUUUAUAUCAUUAACUGCAGUUCAAUAUUUGUUUAUAGGAUUUGAGGGGGAGGGGCAAGUAAACUUUCCAUGUUGUGAAAUUCACAAAUCCUAAAUAUAUCAUUCAAUGAGUUUGACAGAUAUAUACACAUGAGUAAUCCAAACCCCAUCCAAAUGAUGAAUAUUACCAUCAUGCCAGAAAGUUCUAUUAUGCCCAUAUAAUCAAUCCCUCUGCUCUCUCUUGCCUACAAUUCUGACUUUUAAACAGCAUUUUGGAGGUAUAAUUGUCACAUAAUAAACUACACAUACUUGAAGUGUGCGAUUUGAUGUUUUGACAUUUGUAUUAACCACCACAAUCAAGAUAAUGAACAUAACUCCCAAAGCUUCCUCAUGCUCCUUAAUAAUCACUCCCUUCCAAUCCCCCCUUCCCCUAGGAAACCACUAACCUGCUUUCUGUCACUAUAGAUUAGUUUGCAUUUUAAAGUUUUAUACAAAUGAAUUCAUAUGGUGUGUAAUAAAUUUGCCUUCUUUCACUCAGAAUAAUUAGAGAUUCAUCCAUGUAAUUACAUGUACUGAUAAUUUGUUCCUUUUUUAAAGUUAAAAACUAUCACAAUAUAUGAGUGUAACAGUAUUUAUCCAUUAAUCUAUUGAUGAACAUUUGAGUUGUUUACAAUUUUUGGCUAUUGCAAAUAAGGCUGCUAUGAACUUUCAUGUACAAGUAUUUGUUUGAACGUACUUCUAUUUCUCUUGGGUAAAUAUCUAGAAAUGAACAUAGGCUAGAUCAUGUGGUAGGUGUACAUUUAACUUUUUAAGAAACUGUCAAACUGUUAUCCAGAGUGGUUGUGCUAUUUUCCAUCCCAUUAGCAGUGUAUGGAGUGUUCCUCUAUAUCCUUGCCAACAUUUGGUAUGAUCCGCCUUUUUAAUUUUGGCAGUUCUAAUGGGUAUAUAAUGAGUGGUAGCUCUUUGAGCCUUUAGUUACAUUUCCCUAAGGCUAACGAUGUUGAUCAUCCUUUCGUUUAAUUUGCCAUCUAUCUACCUUCUUUAGUGAAAUGCCCAUAGUUUAAGCUGGAUUGUUUUGUUUUACUUAAUUAUUGAGUUUGGGGAGUUCUCUAUAUAGUCUGGAUAUAAGUCCUUUAUCAGAUAAAUGAUUUGCAAAUAUUUUCUGCCAGGAUGCAGUUUGCCUUUAAUUUUCUUAACAGCAUCUUUUAAAGAGCAUAAGUUUUUAAUUUUGAAGUCCAAUUUAUCCAUUUUUGUUUUUAAUAAAUCCUGCUUUUGGGAGCAUCUAAUAAAUCUUUGCCUAACCCAAGGCCAUAAAGAUUUUCUUCUGCUUUCUUCUAGAAAUUUUAGAAUUUAUACUUAAGUCUGUGAUCUGUUUUGAGUUAAUUUUUGUAUUCGGGUCAAGGUGUGGACUAUUAUAUCUUCAAAUAUUUUUUCUUCCCUAUUCUCUGUCUUUCCUCUCCUUUGAUUCCAAUUACAUAAAUGUUAGACCUUUCGACAUUAUCACACAGAUCCGUCAGGGUCUGUUCUUUCUUUUUAUUUUUUCAUCUCUGCUCUUCAGACUAAAUAGCUUUUCUUGCUGUAUCUUCAGGUUGAUUGACUCUUCUUUCCCUCCAGCUUUCCAUUAAGCUCAUCCAGUGAAUUUUUCAAUUGAGAUAAUGUAUUUUUAAGUUCUAGGAUUUCCAUUUGGUCCUAUUUUUAUUGUUUCUGUCUCUCUGCUGAGAUUUCUUUUGUUUCUUCAUUACAAGCGUGUUUUCUUUUACAUUCUUGACAGUAGUUAUAAUAGUUGCUUUAAAAUCCUUGUCUGCUAAACCCAACAUUUAGGUCAUUUUGGGGUUGGUCCCACUGAUUGCCUUUUCUCUUGAUUAUGGGUUAUGUUUCAUGUUUCUUUGUAUCUCCAGUCAUUUGGAAUUUUUCCUGGACAUUGUUACUGAUAGUUGUAGAGAGUAUGGAAUCUGUUAUAUUUCUUCAAAGAGUCUUCUUUUUUUUUUUUAACAGGCAAUUAACUUGGCUGGACUUAAACUCCAAACUAUGUCUCCCCUUUACUUGGUUAUAUCUGAAAUCUCUGUUCAGUCUUUUGGUCUUAACUGGCUGCUUGAAGUCUGCUCCACAUAUGCAUAAUUCAGAGAUCAGAUAAAGAUCUGGGUAGAGUUAUAUACAAAAUUGGGACUUCUCCUCUCUGACUUUCUCUUUUUCCCUCUUACUCUCCAACUACUAUGGUUGCUCCAAACUUUGUCCUCUGAUUUUCAACCAAAUUAGACUGAGAGUUUCUCUCCAGGUUUUAGCUACUGCAAAUGGUGCUAAUGGGCCCCUACCCUCAGGCUAAAAGCCAUAAAACAAACAAACAAACAAACAAACAAACAAACAAACAAACAACCCAGGAGACUCACCUAGUGCCAUUUCUUUCUUCCAAUUAUAGACCCCUCCUCUAGUUUCUGCCUGCCUUUAGCUGCUUUCCAGUGCCUCCAGGGCUGUUUUUUUUUAAAAAUAUUUCAUCCAGGGCUUUUGGUUAUUGUCCGUUAAAGAAUUUGCCUAACAGGAGAUAGUUGGCCUUUAUUGGAAGUAAUUUUGUAUAUUUACUUUCAUAGUCUUUGAGAAGUUCCUCCACAUUGUAUAAACUUCAGGCCCCGUGAAACCUGCAUUCACUCCUGCCUGCAAGGCUACUUCCUGGAGGCUCAUGCUGUAUUAGGAGAAUGGUGGUAGCAUUGAAUAAAUUCCUGGUACAUAUCAAUGCCUAAAGCAUUCCAAAGGGCUGAUGCAGAGGGACUUCAGACCAAUAUUGUUCUGGUUGUUAAUAUUUGUCAGAGUAGAUCUUUCUUUCCCCCCAAUCUGCAUUGAAUUCUGUAACAUUUUGUGGUUUUCUAGAUAUGCUGCACAUCAAACAGGGACAACUCUUCAUUUUGGUCCAGCAACCUCAUUUUGCCGUGCAAAAAAUGAGGUCCAAAAAUGGGCAACACCUUGUGUAAGACAUUAGUGAUGGUUGGGGGAGGAGAAAACCCAGGGGUCCUAAAGUCCUAUUCUUUGGGGCACUACCAUGCUUAUCACAGCACUUAUGUUUUAUUAUGGUCAUUUAUGUACUAUACAUCAUUUCUCAGACUUUUCCUCUGAGGUCUUCAGGUCUCAGCUUUUAUAUCAGCACCCUCAGAGAGUCCUUUUUUGAACCCUUCAAUUGAAGGCAGUUCUAAGAACUUUCCAUUCAUGUCCCUCUGUUUUAUUGUUUUUGUGAUACCAUAUGAAAUCACCUUGUUUAAUCUUGUUUAUUGGUUUAUGAUCUACCCUCCUUAAUAGAAUGAAGUCCCAUUAGGUCAAGAGUCUACUGUGUCUUACGUACUAUUUCCAUACUGUAUAGACCAGAGCCAGGGUUUCAGUAGUUGUCGAAUAAAAUAUUUGUUGACUGAAUGAACUAGUAAGAGAGUGAAUAAUAGUACUCUAAUGAUAGAGGAAAAUGAAUGGCUUUCCCCAAAGCCUGGGGAUGAGGCUUACCACAAGUGUAAAUUUUAUUUGGCAUCUUUUGUUUAACCUUGAAAAUUCUUUCAGAUUUUUCAUUUAAACUAUACAUUGAAGUCCAUAAAAGUAGUUACUCUAUCAUACUGUACUAUCAUAUAGUUUAGAGGAACACAUUAGUUAUGUCUUUUGGUGGAGAAAAAAAAAGAAAGACAUCCAUCUAAACAACUCUUCUGUGAAGUAGUGCUUUUUUCCCCAGUCUUUUUACAGAUGAGCCAAUAGGGACGUUGGUGUUUAAGUCAUCACUCAUAAAAUUGGAAAUUUGAAUUUCACCCCUAAGAUGGAACACAGCCAACACCUUUCCCCUCUAACUAUAUAAAACUUCUGGAAGUUGGAGACAAGACUACAAAUUUCUGGCUUGUGUGUUUACUCUCUCUCCCCUAAAUAGUAAAUAUGGCCGUUAGGUGGAUCGUGAGUGAAUAUACCUUCAGAAUCAUUUAGAAACAUUUGUUUUUCACUAAGCAGCCAUUUGUGUUGUCCAAUUUUUUUUUUUACCAUGUCAUCUAUUACCUAUUAAUUUUUAAUUUAAAAAAUUUCAAAGAAUCACUCAGUAUUUGAUGAUGUACCUAUGUAUUCAUUGACAUAAAUAAUUCAAGAUGUAUUUUAAGGCUAAAACAUCCCAUCUGUAUCUAAAUGUACAUAUUUAGACAGAUGAAAAUUUUACUAUUAAAGUUACUAAUGACUUCUCUGGA